AUGUCGGGCGGUGUUGGGGACCAUGUGGGCUUUCCAAGGCUCCCUUCGAAUUCAAGUACCUUCCCAACCACGCCAGACCCUUCAGCUAGUCCAAAGACUUCGUACUUGGGGCUGUGUGUUGCUAACCCUGUCCUCUCAGUUGGAGGUGAACCUCCCGUAACCGGCAGCAAUUUGACUCUUGUCAACUUGACCAUUUCGUGGAACUCUGCGAUUGGCUCCUUUCGAUCCUUUUUCCAAACGGCUAAUUCAGACAUCUUGAUGGCGGUAUUCGCAUUCAACAUUCCUGCUUUGCUGGAGGCCGUCAAAGCUGUCAAGCCAUUCAUUGCUUCUACUGCGUGGAUGAACAGUAUUGUAGGCUCGUUGGGUCCAGGGCUCGCCUCUAUCGCGGAUCCAAUGAUUGAAGCCUGUAGUAUUCGCGAAGAGACUCCACGGGUCCUCACGUUGCUGUCAGUUGGUACCGCGGGCAUGUCACCAAAGUGUGCUUAA